UAGUUUAUAUUUAACUUUGAAUAUCAUACUGGUACUGGUGUCAAUAAAUAAGCAUGAAGACGCAGAAAUCAAAAAUGAAAGAAAGUAGUGAUUCUGAUUCUUUGGCAGAAGAGAUAGCUCCAAAGGUGAAGAAAAGUCAUAAACAUAAGAAAAAACACAAAAAGAGAGCUUUAGACCAUGAAGACCCUGUUGAUGGUGUUAUAGAAAUCAGCGAUGAUGAAAAAUCUUUAAAAUCAAAAAAGCAUAAACAUAAGCAUAAAAAAGCAAAGAAACAUUCUUCCCGUAAGCGAGAAUCAUCAUCGGAAGCAAGCGAUGAUGAACAAUCGAGUAAAAAGAGAAGAAAAACAAAAAGUUCUGAUGAAAUUAUUGAAGAAAAUGGAAAGACUGAGCAGAAUGCAUCUACAACGACUGGUUUUGAUGGAGCAUUAUCAGAUUUAGAGCAGCAAAAAGCAUUGUUACAGGCUGCUCUCAUGAAUAAUGUAGAAGAAGGAGAGGUUUCUGAUGAUGUUCAAGCAGAUGGAGCAGAAAUAGAAGCAAAUGGUGAAGAGGAAGCAAUACAAGAUGAUGAUGAUGAGAAAACUUCUACUAAACCAACAAAAAAGAAGAAAAAGAAAGAUAAAAAAGAGAAAAAGAAAAAGGAGAAAAAAGAGAAGAAAUCGAAAUCGCCACCUUCGAUUAAAAGGGUUGAGAAACAAGUUGUUUCACCUACCAAACACAGUUCUAAUGAUGCAAGAGAAACAGAACAUUCCAGAGCCAGGCAUUAUGAAGAGAGUCGUGACUCUAGAAAUGAUCGUUUGCUUGAAAGAAGAGAUGAUUCUUAUGCAAGACGUUCUCAUACUCAUCACUCAGAUAGAGAUAGAUUACAUCGCUCGGGUGAAUCUCGCAGAAGAUCGCAUAGUAGAUCGAGGGAUAAAAGAGAUUAUCAACAUUCAACAUCAAGUAGACCUAGCCAUUCGUCAUCAAGAAGAAGGUCAAGGUCACGUCAUCGCUCCCAUAGUAGAGACAGGCCCAUGCGAAGAUCUCGAUCUAGAGAUAGAGAUGGAAGGAGACGAAGAGAUGAUGACAGACGUUAUGACAGAGAUCGUAGGCGGCGGCGUCCAAGUCAUAAUGAAGAUAAAUUUAAAGGAAGCUUGUCAGAAGGAAUGAAAUUAAAGGAAUCUUCAAGUGAGAGUGAGGUUGAAGAUAUUGCAAUAGAAUCGGAAGAAGAUGAAGAAACAUUAAUUGAACGCAGAAGACAAGAAAGACUUGCCAUUGUACAAAAAUACAAAGAACAGGAAAAACAGGGACUUCGUCCAGGUUUGAGUGCAGUUGCAGAUGCUCGUAUGUUGUUAGAAAAAGGUCAAGAAGAAGAUGACUCAGAUUUAAUAAUUGCUGAUGAACCAUUAUUUGAAGGAGGAAAUGGUAAUAAUAAUGGAACGCCUGCAGGGAAUUCAUCACCAGAUCAAACUCCUAACCCAUCUGGAACAAGGUCGCCGUCCCCCAAUCUUGAUGACAUGAUAACAAAAUCAUUGGCCGAAGAUCUUGAAACGAUGACAGCAGCUGAUUUUGAAGCAGCUUUGAAAGAUAAACUUGAUCAAAUUAACAAAGCGAUACAAAGUGAGCAAGAGAAAAAAUUGAAGGAAGAUUUGAAAGCAGGUUCCGACAUGUUUUCUGAAGAAUUCUCACCAGGAUUGACCAACAUGAAAGCAAGAGGAUUGAGGGAUAAUAUACAAAACCCUACACUCCAGGACAACUGGACAGAUGCAGAAGGAUAUUAUCGUGUUAGUAUCGGUGAAGUUUUAGAAAAACGAUAUCAUGUCUAUGGUUUCACAGGACAAGGUGUUUUCAGUAACGUUGUUCGAGCUCGUGAUUCUACCAGAGGAAACAUGGAAUGUGCAAUUAAGAUUAUAAGAAGGAAUGACCUUAUGCAUAAAACAGGUAUGAAGGAAUUGGAAUUUUUGAAAAAGCUGAAUGACACAGAUAGAGAAGACAGAUAUCAUUGUCUUCGUUUGUAUCGUCAUUUUCAACAUAAAAGCCAUUUAUGUCUCGUCACUGAAUCACUCAGUAUGAAUCUCAGGGAAUUGUUGAAAAAAUAUGGAGCCAGUGUUGGGCUGCAUAUUAAAGCUGUUCGUUCAUACACUCAACAAUUAUUCCUCGCCUUGAAACUGAUGAAAAGAUGCAACAUAUUACAUGCUGAUAUCAAGCCAGAUAAUAUAUUGGUGAACGAAACCAAAUCAAUGUUGAAAUUAUGUGAUUUUGGAUCUGCAUCUCAUGUGGCUGACAUGGAAAUUACACCUUACUUGGUGUCAAGAUUCUAUCGAGCUCCAGAAAUAAUACUUGGAAUGCCAUAUGAUUAUGCAAUUGACAUGUGGUCUGUGGCUUGCACAAUAUACGAGUUAUAUACAGGUCAUAUUUUAUUCCCUGGCAAAUCCAAUAAUCACAUGUUGAAAUUAAUGAUGAAUUUGAAAGGGAAAAUUCCACAUCGUGUUAUUAGGAAAGGAACACUCAAAGACCAACAUUUUGAUGCAAAUCUCAAUUUCAUGUACCAAGAAGUAGAUAAAGUAACAGAACGAGAAAAGAUCACUGUUAUAUCGACCGUUAACCCCACCAUUGAUCUGCGAAAGGAAUUACUAGGGGGUCAAGCCCCUAGUCGAAUCCCGGAGGAUCAAAUGCGGAAAAUAUUGCAACUUCAAGAUCUAUUGGAAAAAUGUCUCUGCCUCGAUCCGACAAAACGACUUUCAAUCAAUCAUGCGUUGAUGCAUCCAUUUGUGCAGGAGAAAACAAUGUGAAAUGGAAUGCAAGGGUUGUUUUGAAUUAUUUGUAGAUUUUAAUGCUCUGCUGGUAAAUGAAUUCUUGAUACGAAAAACAGAUGGGAACAUGAUACUCAUAGUUUACAUUAUUCGAUGUUUGGAUUCUCAAGCAUUAUUUAAAAAAAGCUUAAUUCUCUUACUUUGUUUCUAGCAUUUUUUUUUCAAAAUGAUGUGUUCUUGGGACUUGACACACUUUAAGUCGAUGUAUUUCUCCGGUUGCAUAUUAGAUUAACUACAAAACCAAUGCAAUCCUUGUCCAUAAUCCCUUAUCUACAGGAUUUAACUGCUUUACUUAUGUAAUACUUGCAUUCUGGCCUAUUCGUUCUCUUUUUAGCUGGCUCCACUUCAGCCUGGAUUGCUUGUAUAGGAAAGAGAGUUGGAAAUUUUACUAUCGGAUAUAACUUUAAAAUUGUACUUGAUGCAAACAUAUUCUAAAACAUGCCAACUCAAUAUAAAUUUGCUAUUUGUUGUUAUUUCUUGGCAAAUUGAAUUUUUCAAUAACCUCAGAAUCACAUCUAAAAACGAAAAGUCUAUUUUUGACAACAAGACAAUAUAGCUUAUUAAUGGUAUUAAUGCUAUUAUUUGGUCUUUGUAUCAAUUUCCCUCUUUUCAACUGUUUGCAAUUUAUGAUUUGGAUAUUUCCUUGAACUGAAUGCAUUUCGAUUUGACAUUUGUGAGUUUUACUAAAAAAUUAUUUGUGUCACAUCAAUGUUUCUCAAUUGUAAAUAUUGCCUGUAACUUUUUUAUUUGUGUCAUCACAGGCGCAGUACAACCUGCUCUGAUCUCGAAUACUUUCUGAUGAAUACAUACAUAGAAUGGUUCUUUA